CACCUCGACAAAGACAGGCAGACCCAGUAGCCUCUGACACCCCAAGCAAAAAGAGAAUGGUAGAGGAUGAUGUCUUACCUACCAAAUGUGAAGUUCAGAUGGGAAUGGACAUUGUUGGUCCAAUGACAGCUCUUGGUGAUCACAUCUACAGCACUAUCAAAUCUACUGCUGAUGCCUCCACACAAACAAACUUGUGUUUUGAUGACAUCAGCUCAUACACAGAUGAUGUGCUGCAGAACCCCAAGAUGCUGACCAAAAAAUUAACAAUGGAUAACAUCACAAGAAACAACAAAAGCAGCAAGUUUUACACUGGGCUCAGUGUUGCCAUGCUCAUGCUGGUGUUCAACUGGUUGAAGGACAAGGCUGCCAGGAUGACUUACUGGAGAGGUCAAAGUGAGACAAAGCAAGAUGGGCAAAAUCCAGCAGAGGCCCGUCAAGACUUCUCUCUCUGUAUGAGGAAUUUAUCAUCACUCUGA